AAAGAAAAUCAGCAAACUACGUUUCCCACAACUUUAAAUCUGCUUCUUGUUCUUCUCCUAGCUAGAGCAGCAUAUACAUUGAAAUUACCAAAUGGCCACUGAUAUUUCCUUCUUUGGAUUUGUAUUAUCUUUAUAUUUGUCAGUCGCCAUUGCAUCGGAUCAUAGUCCACUUCAAGAUUUCUGUGUUGCGGACCCGAAAAGUCAAGUGGUGGUCAAUGGUCUAGCUUGCAAGGACCCUAAGACAGUUGAAGACAAUGAUUUUUCAUUUGGUGGACUUCAUUUAGAAGGCAACACAUCUAACCCAAUUGGGUCAAGUGUGACACCAGUAACCGUGUUUCAACUACCAGGUCUCAACACUCUUGGCAUUUCACUUGUCCGAAUCGACUAUGCACCAUCAGGUGUCAACCCUCCACACACUCAUCCUCGCGCCUCCGAAGUUUUAACACUCUUGGAAGGCAGCCUUGAAGUCGGGUUUGUGACAUCCAGCCCCGAGAACCGUCACAUCACUAAGGUGUUGCAGAAGGGUGAUGUGUUUGUUUUUCCAAUUGGACUUGUGCACUAUCAGAGAAAUGUAGGUUCUGGUAAUGCUGUGGCUAUUGCAGCUCUCAGCAGCCAAAAUCCUGGUGUGGUGAUAAUUGCCAGUUCUGUUUUUGGGUCCACGCCUAGUAUUGGCAAUGACAUUCUUGUGAAGGCAUUCCAUGUUGAUAAAGGUAUUGUCAACUACCUCCAUUCGAUAUUCUAAAUAUGUAACUCGUUGAAAAAGAAAGAAACUCUAAAUAUAUGUGACAGUAGAUUAUCCCCCCACUAUCCAAUUAUGUUGCAUUGUGACCAUUAGGAGAGAAAUAUGUAAUUAAGAUCUCUUAAUUAUAAGAAACCCAUUCCAACA